GGUUGAAGACGAAGGCCGUGGACGCGUCUACUUGUACAUAUAGCUUGUAUCAAUCGUCGCGUACAGCAUGGCAGCAGGUGCGUGGACCGUCCUUCCUUAUAUCCUAUGUGUUGCCCUUAACCAGGGGCUGGCUGACUUCCCAUUUAGAAACACCUCACUGCCCUGGAGUGAACGGGUGGAUGAUCUGGUCAGUCGACUCUCCAUAGAGGAGAUCCAGUAUCAGAUGGCGAGAGGCGGGGCAGUUAAUGAUGGUACUCCUCCUAUCCCCCGACUGGGUAUCAAACCAUACUCGUGGAACACGGAAUGUCUGAGAGGUGACGUAAAGGCAGGCAACGCUACAGGAUUUCCUCAAGCUCUUGGUCUUGCCGCUUCGUUUAGUCCCCGGUUAGUGUUCCAAAUGGCGGAGGCAGCUGCGGUAGAAGUCAGGGCAAAGUACAACAACUACAGUAGACAUGGCGUCUAUGGAAGACACAUGGGAGUAAGCUGCUUCAGUCCUGUCAUCAACAUUGUCAGGGACCCUAGAUGGGGCAGAAUUCAGGAAACAUACGGGGAAGACCCUUUCCAGAGCGGUGUUCUCGCAGCCAGCUUCAUCCAGGGGCUACAGGGCAACGACACGCGUUAUGUGCGCGCAAACGCCGGAUGUAAACACUUUGCAGCUUAUGACGGACCAGAGAAUAUACCCAUCAUGAGGAUCGAGUUCGAUGCCAAGGUAAGCGAGCGUGAUCUUCGAACGACCUUCCUUCCUGCAUUCAGAGCUUGUGUCAAGGCUGGAACAUACAGUUUCAUGUGUAGCUGCAAUAGCUUGAACGGCGUACCGACGUGUGCCAGUAAACAGCUCCUGAACGACAUUCUGCGAGAGGAGUGGGGUUUCACAGGCUACGUCGUCAGCGACGACACCGCCAUUGAGAAUGUUCAACGUGGCCAUCACUACGCUAAUAACUACGUGGACGUCGUCGCCGACUGUGUGAACGCUGGAUGCAACUUGGAAUUAUCCGGAGAAGAGCAAAACCUUGCAUACAUGUCGAUGAUCGAUGCAAUACAUCAAGGCAAGUUACAGAGGAAAAAGUCAGGGGAAAUGGUCAAGCCCUUGUUCUUCACACGAAUGAGACUGGGCGAGUUUGAUCCUCCGGAAAUGAACCCAUAUUCCAAACUUGACCUCUCUGUGAUUGAAAGUCAGGCUCAUCAAAUGCUUGCAAUCGAGGCGGCCAUGAAGAGCUUUGUAUUGCUGAAAAAUGAAGGGAACACAUUACCACUGAAGAAAGCGGGAUAUUUCGACAAGAUUGCUGUUGUUGGACCAAUGGCCAAUAAUUCAUUUCUUUUGUUUGGAGACUAUGCGCCUGAUACAUUCCACACCUUUGUACAAACACCUCUGCAAGGACUGGCUAAACUGGCGCAGUCUGUCAACUACGCCGCCGGCUGUGACGACACGUUCUGUAAGCAUUAUGAUGCCGAAUCCAUCAAGAAGGCAGUCGCCAGUACAGAAGUUAUAUUUGUAUGUCUUGGAACAGGACGAGCGGUUGAAUCCGAAGGCAACGAUCGCUACGACAUCAACCUCCCUGGGUAUCAAUUACAGCUGCUUCAAGACGUUGCUGCCAACAGAAAUGGGACGCCUGUGGUUCUCCUUCUGUUUAAUGCCGGUCCUCUAAACCUGACCUGGGCUGAUCAAAGCUCCGACAUCGCCGCCAUUUUGGAAUGUUUCUUCCCAGCACAGGCAACAGGGGAGGCAUUAAGACGUGUGAUGAUUAACGAAGGUCCAGGUUCUAAUCCUGCUGGUAGACUUCCUGUGACAUGGCCCGCCUUUGAAGAUCAGAUCUUUAACAUCACCGAAUAUUCAAUGGAGGGGAAGACGUAUCGCUACUUCAAGGGCGAUCCUCUGUACCCUUACGGCUACGGGUUGUCCUACACUCAGUUUAGUUACGUCUAUCUGGAGAACCCAACAACAAUCACAGCAGGACAAGAUCUUCACGGCAUGGCCACCGUCAGCAACAUCGGGAAUAUUGAUGGAGAUGAGGUUAUACAAGUCUACAUACAGUGGAUGAAAGCCACCCAACCGACUCCUCAGUUGCAGCUGGCCUGGUUCGACCGAGUUACGAUCCAUGGCAAUGGGAACAUUAAGGUUAAUUUCACCGUCUCUGCCGAAAGUAUGGCGGUGUGGGUUGACAACAAAGGUUGGAUAGUUGAGAAGGGACAGAUGGUGCUUUAUGUUGGAGGUCAACAGCCAAACCAGAAGAGGCAGACGAGUUCCAACGUUCUUCGCACCAGCUACAAGAUCGUGGGAUCGAAAUUUUUAGGACGAUAUUAAAAUGUUAUAUAUUGCCUUGUGUGGUUACAUAUAAUACAAAAGAAGAUAAGGAUCACCCGAUUCUGUAGGAUAAGUAUGUCAAAGCAUGUAAUAAAGAAGAUCCUUGAAUAUU